AUGAAAACUUCUUCCAUUGGAGGUGACGCUCCUUCAGGACAUGAUGAAGGAGAUGCAAUACACCCAAUCUUGGGCAACUAUCACCUUCCUGUAGAAAUUGAGAAUGCACCCAAGCAAUCAGGAGUACACAAUCUUUCUCGAGAAGGUUGGGGUGAGCACAUGCCUCGAAAUUUUCCUUACAAAGAUGGAUUACGCAUAUUGCAUCCUCGGCUUCAAGAGAGGUUUGGGGAUGAGAAUGUUGACUUAGCUAUGGGGGUCUUGGAGGAACUGAUUGAAGUUGAAGAGCAACCGCCAUUCCCGCCUUCUGUUUUCCAAAGAUGGAAGCAUGAACACCUUCCGCUGCAGGAAGAUUUCACCAAUCCACAUGCCCCCCACACGGCCACGAUACAAGCACCAGUCGUGCCCACUAAGACACUCAUAGAGUACAGAGAAAAGCAAGCACGAGAGCAGUUCGUUGAGCCACAAAUUAGUCCGAGUGCCAUGCCAUAUUGUGAAUCGUGUAAUUCGAAGAUUGCGCAUCAACCUAGUUGGAAAAUCGAACAUAGCUUAUUCGUCUCAGUAGGAGGGAAGCCGGCGACCCUGGCGUAUUGCCCAACACCGACAGAGCUUCACAAAGGAAUGUGGGAUCCUGAAUAUGGUCGUGGAGGCGCGCGUAUGCGACCGGAUACCGCUCAAACCAGUCCACCCGACUCGACAAUUGAACUCAUCGGACCAAAUGCGACGUCUUCGAAAUAUUCCACUCCCACAAGGUCCUUUAUAAAUAAUGCGAAAAGAGAGUUAGCGCAGAGGGUAAUGGGUGCCCUCUCAGAAACCAGAGAAAGCCCCGGUAAUGUGGCUUCUCAGGCCCGAGUAGAGCUGAUAGACAUUGAAAGGUACCAGGUGCCUCCUCAUGCUAGGGCGUCGACCAGUUCCGAAGCUUCGCAAAAGAUUGGUGGACAGGGUGGUAGCAAGAUUUUUGCCAUGAAGAAUGUGGACUUACCAGCAGGCCGUGAAAUCCCGAAUGCGAAUUUUGCGAGAAAACACGAGUUAAUUCAAAGCGGACAGCCAGCUCCAGAUUAUCUUCUAGGAAUUCGUCAACCCACCUUUGAUGAGGUAUACGAUAGACUGUAUGGAAGGAAGAUCAAAGAAGUUACUAGAUGUCCUAACUAUCACAACCCGCUCCAAUUUUAUUUGAGUAACUAUCAAAGCGUUCCUGCAAGUCCUAGCGACUUCUUCGAUGGUGGCCUUGACUAUAAGUGGGGGGACACCGAGUCAAUCGAAAACACAGAAAACGAUGUCUCUGAUGUAUACCCUGCUUCAGGAAUCGGUGAAGUGCUACAGUCGACUCAACUUACAUACGAGGACAGUCAAAAUAUCGCAGACGGUUGCCAGACUAAAAACACAUAUCAUGGACAUGAUAUCGACUGUGUUGAACACCUCGAGUCAAGCAAAUUGUCUAUCUCGGACAACCAUGACGCGAACCUAUUUGAAGACAAAGAGCAAGAAAUACUGUAUCCCACUGUGUAUGUGCCUCCUUCGAAGAACAUCACCAAGAGAAAAAACAGCUCGACAGAAUAUCCAGGAAAUGCAAUUAGGAAUGGGAGUUCACCGCUAAGACCUGAGCCAUAUCAAGAAGAACGUAGAAUUCGAGGUCGCAAUAGUUAUGAUGGUACAUGUCAGUCCUGGGAAAAUCGGUACAAACAAGAAUAUCGGAAAUCUGGGGGGAACCUUGUGAGAUGGAGCGAGCCAUCUUCAGCGUUUGAAGGCUCUGUCUCGGAAUCUGAAGAAUCGGAGAAAUCUCGUCUAGCACCGACCGUCUACAGUCCUCCAUUCUCCCUCGAUUCCAUUAACAAGUACAGAAGUUUUCCACGAAGUACCCAGCAAACUCCACAAAAAGAGGGCAACAUUUCGUCUCAUUUUGAAGUCGAUCAUUUCGGAGUUCGUAGAUACCAUAGCUCUGAAACUGCAACGAACCAGAAUUCGACGUUUCCAACAGUAGACACCGAUAAAGAUGACAUCGAGAACCUCGAACUAACUGGAUCUCAAUCGACAAAGCCACAAUUCCCUAUUUCGUCCGAAGAAGUAAAUCUGACGCCGCCGGGCCGGUUGUUCGAACGUCCAUAUCUUUUAAGUAGGCCGACAAGAAGUGAUUCUUCUGCCGCUUUUGGCUUGCCAAAGACGGGAAGUCAAAAAAAUUCAAUUUCCUUGACAACCAUAUUCCCACCAGCUUUUCAAUCACAAACGAAUGAGCACUCAACCAUUUCAACUUUCUUGGAAUCUUCGGGCGAAUCAUCUCUACCUGGACUCGUAAAUGCGCCUGAACCGAUUCAAAAACGAGUUAUGGCUUUUGACGGUACAACCGAUGUUUGUUUACCAAAACAAAACAUUACAACCAACCAAGUGACUCGCGACAAUACACCAAGAAAUCUCCACAAUAGCUCCAAUAACUACAAUAGCAAUUCACCUUACAAUGAAACUCAUGUAAGCGAAGCGGCGAAAAGAUUUUUAAUGGAACUCAAUCAAGGUCGUCUUCCUACUCUGCAGUCUCCAACAAUCUGCCCUCCACAACCUUUGUACAUCUGCAAGCAACCAAGUCAAGUCCAACUUAGACAAGGAGCAAAAUACCAAAACAACAACAACACCAGCAACGAACAAGCGCGUUUCCCACCUCGUUCGUCUUCGAUCCGAAAGCACGAGUGUUCGGGUUCAAUUGAACAGGCUACGCCUUAUUUAGCUGACCAAGGAACUGCCAUCCACAAGCCAGACAGCCAAUCUGACGACUCAACAAUACCAAACAGUCGCAGCACAAAGGUCUCACACAUGUCAAGUGAUCAACUAAAUACUCCCGAGACUACUGCCCGCUCAACUGUCUCCGACAUCAAAGAAUACUACCUCUCUGGUAGUUCCGGUGGCCUCUUUGGCGAUUUCAUUCCGAUCGGAACACCUGGAUCUGUUUAUUCCCCUCAACAACAGCCAGUGCAAAAAAUGUCUGCCAAUAGUUCAUCACAUGGUCGCAAGACUGAGAAUUUCAAGAACCCAUACGUAUUCGAGCCAGAGACACCACUAGUUGUCGACGAGUCGCACCAGACCACGAUGACCGACUUCAUGCAUGUUUACGAUGAUGUCAGACCUGCAUCAUCACCAAGUCUUGGACAUAUUAAGAAUUCACGGUCAGUUGGCCAUGCGACAAACAGAAGUGAUCUUUUGACUGCACCGCAAUACUCAAGUCACGGUCAUGGUCUUCAGCGUCGUGGAACAUCUCCAAGUGUGAUGCCGUUGCGCUUUGCCAAACACGAAGAAAAUCCUAGUCUCGACUCUCGAUCCUAUUAUACUGAUGUCGAUUCUAUCUCGCCAAUCCUCCAUAAUGCCUACCCGACUCAAAGUCUACCCCACCGUGGUCGUGCUGCUACUCUUGAACAAUCUCAAUUCCCUGUUCGUGAGGAGUCUCGAGAGAAAUUUCCGCAGCCUUCAAGCUCACCGGUUCGUCAAACUGUGCGUGAUCAUCCACGACCGUCACAUUCCCCUGUGCGUAAGACAUCUGGUGACCAUCGUGUACAGCCUUCACACUCAUCCGAUGAAGAGCUAGCUGAUGGCCGAGGUCGUUCUGCAGCAUAUGCGCCGGUUCGAAAGCAGACGAAUUCCAAUCACAGCAAUGAGUCGUACGCGAGCUCAGCUUCGACUAUAAUUAAUCGACAGAUGACUCGAUCGCCCACAAAGAAUUUAGUUGAUGUAGCUGAGCAAGAUGAGCCUAACUUUGAAAGUCCGGAUCUCCUUCUGAUUUCCCCCAAGAAGAGAUCGCGUUCGCCAAUGAAAAAAAUGUUUGGGGAGCAUGGCUGGCUUGGAUCCUCGCCCAAUGAGAUUGUACCCAGUCUUCAAAGUUCAAAAUUCGCCCAAAAGAUAGAUAAACCCAAGAAACCUGGCAUGAUGGAGAAGAUCAAAAACAAAAUCGAAGGCUUUACUGAAAAGGCAGAUUUGAAAAGCGACAAAAACAGGAUAUCGGUUUUGUCUAUCUCAAUUAACCCGUAUGAGCAAGCUAGGUAUUUGGUUGAACUGGAACUCAUGAUAGUUCACACAGCCAAUACGUUUCUCAUGAUCCAGUUCAGUCAAGGUCGAAUGUCUAUCGAUAGCAUCAAGAAGACUGUGGACACCUGGAAGAACAAGGGCCGUCCUGCUGUUGUUGAAUUCAUGUACGACCAAGGUACUCAACGCGAUCUUGUUACUGCCAACCAGUAUAACUUUCGAUUCCACGGCGAUCGACUGGGUGAUGAGGUUCGCAUCUCGUCUAUGCUUUACAACUGGAAGCAGGUGGCAUCCCUCAUGUCCAUCCGCACUUUCUGUAAUGCAGAUACUGUUCUCUUGAAGCUGGUGUUUGAUGUAGAGCAGAUACUGGAGCUCAUUGGUGGUUCGCAGCAAAUCAUGCUACGUCUCCAGCAUCUUCGAUUAUCGAUUAAUGAAGCAAUUCGCAUUGCCAAAGUUGAGAUAACUACUCGUACCUCACGGAAUGGUCAUGAGCAGCAGUGGGAACCCCAUUCGUCGACAAACACCUCGCAUAAUGAUCAAUAUGGAGGCAUGAAGCUCGUCCCUGAACACUACGUCGAAUGA